AUGAAAUCACUACUGUUUAAUAGUGGGAAAGCAAAUCCUUCACAAGAUGUUUUUAUAGAUGUAGAAGUUGGCGAUAUUACCACAAAAUAUGGUUCUAUGAAUACAGGAUCGUUCAGUUCAAUGGAUACAGUGGAAGCUCAGGCGAUAAAAGCACAGACGACAAGGUUCGUGGAAGUACCGCAGGGUAGACAUUUGGGUGUGUUUUCUACGGUUAUUUUGUUUGUUUCGAGAAUAAUGGGAUCUGGUAUCUUUGCAGUACCCAGUGUGAUUUUAAUGAAUACAGGCGGUAAUAAGCUUAUUUAUUUUGCAAUUUGGAUUUUUAGCGCCAUGAUUGCGUUUGCAGGAUUAUAUCUUUUUCUAGAAUUUGGUUCAUGGAUACCGAAGUCAGGAGGACGUAAAAACUUCCUCGAGCGUAGCUUUGAGAAGCCGAAAUUAUUGAUUAGUGUUGUUUUCUCCUGCUAUAGUAUUUUGACAGGCUAUGCGUUGACUGGUUCUAUUGUAUUUGGUAAAUACGUGUUAAGCGCAUUUGGAGUCACAGAUGACUCGUGGUCCAAGUACGUCAGCAUAUCAUUUAUUAUCCUUGCAGUCCUCAUUCACGGUAUCUCUGUAAGACAUGGGGUUCUCAUACAAAAUGCUCUCGGUGGCUUGAAAUUGCUUAUGAUUGUCCUGAUGUGCUUCGCUGGAUUGUACACCCUGUUAUUUUAUAAGAGCACCAAUCAAGUCGCCUGGGAACUACCUGUAACCGAAAUCGAAAAAGACUCUUUUCUAUCUGUGUCUUCAAUUGCUACUGCUUUUAUUAGUGCUUUCUUCUGUUUUUCAGGUUGGGAUACAGUCCAUACAGUUACAUCUGAGAUUAAAAAUCCGGUAAAAACGUUAAAAGUAUCAGGCCCAUUAUCGCUGAUAAUUUGUUUUGUAUGUUACACAAUGAUGAACAUUGCAUACUUAAAAGUUUUGACAUAUGAGGAAAUUGUUAAUGCAGGCCCCCUUGUCGGUUCAGUACUGUUUACCAAACUUUUUGGACCACAAAUUGGUGGCAAAUUCAUUGCUUUUUCCAUCGCCAUUUCGGCAGCUUCUAAUAUUUUGGUUGUUAUUUAUGGUAUAUCAAGGGUCAACCAAGAAAUUUUUAAGGAAGGUUACUUACCAUUCAGUAUACAUAUGUCUAAAAAUUGGCCGUUUAAUGCCCCCUUACCAUCUAUUUCUUUAUGUGGCUUCAUAACUAUCGCUUGGAUAUUGAUUUUACCUAGAGAAGGCGAAUCCUUCAACUACCUAGUAUCAAUGGAUGGUUAUGGCAAUCAGUUCUUCUUACUAUUGGUUGCUAUUGGCCUCUUUAUCUGGAGAUUCAAACAUAAGCACGAAACGCCAGAUAUUCGUGCACCUACUUUUGGUGUUGUAGCCAUUAUAACAUUAUCAUUGUACAUGUUGGUGGCACCGUUCCUGGCCGACGCUAGUCUAAACAGAGUUGGCUUCCUACCGCCCUACCAAAUUAUGUCAUUAAUAGUGAUACUUUCAUGUCUCUUUUUCUGGCUAAUUAAGUUUGUUCUACUACCCAAAAUUUUUCGUUACAAACUGCUACCCAGAAUCACUUAUUUGCACGAUGGACUUGUUGUCACGGAAUGGGUAAAAAAACCAUCUCUGUCUUAA